GGUUCUUCCCCUUGGCCUUCGGCAUGGCUGCCCCACGCUGCCGCCGGACCGCACCGCUGCGCUGGGCCGGGCCGCGCCGCGAGGCACCACGGGAAGCGGAGUCCCGCGUGCGGACGCCGCCGCAGUGCCGCUCCGCCGCGAACUACAGCUCCCGGCAUGCCCCGCGGCGGGGUCACGUGACUCUGCCGGGAGCCGGCCUACGGCGGGCGGGAAGGGUCGCGCUGCUCGCUGUCCCCGCGGCCGCAGCCAUGGCGGCCGGGCCUCCUCCGCCCUUGGAGCCCAGCCCGCUGCCGGUGUUCCGCGAGGAGGGCUUCGCGGACAAGUUCCUGCGCAAGACGCGCGAGAACCCGCUGGUGCCCCUCGGCUGCCUCUGCACCCUGGGCGUGCUGACCUACGGCCUCAUCAGCUUCAAGAGAGGGGACACGCGCCACUCGCAGCUGAUGAUGCGGGCGCGGGUCGCGGCCCAAGGCUUCACUCUCGCGGCCCUGCUGGGGGGCAUGGUGGUCACGGCCCUCCGGGCCAGGAACUGAGCGCGGGGAGCGGCGGGCGCGGCACGGCUGGAGGAUGGGCGCUGCCUGCGGGCGUGAGACGGCUGCGGUGCGUUGGAGCCCGUGUCAGAGAUGCUGCGUGUCGCAUAGCGUUGAAAUGUGGCUAAUACAGCUCUGUUGCUAACCUCA